AUGUCCAAUAAUCCUUGGGCCGAAGGAGGGAGCGAGCCGGGAUGGGAAGAUGUAGGACCCCGCCGCGAUGGACAAGCAUCUUCAACGGAUAGACCAAACCCUCAAGCUGUUCCUGCAGCCCUCAGACCCGGAAUCGCUUUCGAUAACCAAGAUGAGCAACAGGCGUGGGGAGAAGCGAGGACACAGCCAAACAACCAGCCGCAGUCUCAAGAGACGCCUGCAGUAUUGAAACCAGGCGGAGACAGACCAGAAACGAACCCUUUUCUACGAAAGAAAGUCCCCUCAAGACAAGAAACACCACCGACAGAAUCAUUUUCGAAACUUGGUAUCGAGGAACCUAAUACGAACCCAUGGCAACCAGCGAUAGAGGUGCAGAACGCACCAUUAGCCCCGCAACCGAUUCCAAACCUCAUGGACGAUGUCCCUCCUCGAGGCGCAUGGACACCCACGCCAGAACCACUUCCUGCUGGAUCACCUGGUAUGGUAUCACUACCCUCUGGCGGCGAAUCACCUGCUUGGGAUGAGGAUCCUCUGGGAAGAAAUGACAAACCUCCUGCGCCACCUAUGAAACUCUCCGCAGAACUUACUGGGGGCACAAAUAUCUGGGACGAUGUAGGCGGCGCUGACAAGGGAAAGGCCAAGGCCACAGGAGAAGCCCGGCCAGCAUCACCCGAUGAUUGGAAUCUGAUAGAUUCAGAGCCAUCACCGAGCCCCAUGAAGGAAGCUCAAGAGGAGAAGCCACCCUUGCCACCCAGGCAACCAACACUACAAACUGAACCGUCAAGUUGGAGAACAUCCAGAGAUCCGAUCGACGGAAAGACGGAGACCUACCAGAUUAAGAAUAUACAAUGGCACGACUCGACCUCGUCAAAGAACCCACGAAUAUCCCCAAUCUUGAUCCAGAAUGCAAACGGGCCUUGUCCUCUUGUGGCUCUGGUCAACGCACUUACCAUGACAACACCCGCCGAUGUCGAAGAUACUGCACUUGUACAAACCCUUAGAUCGAGGGAACAAGUCAGUUUGAAUCUGCUUCUGGACGCUGUUUUUGACGAACUUAUGUCACCGCGACGAACCAGUUCUGAAGAUGCAUUGCCAGAUGUUGGAGAUUUGUAUGCCUUCUUGCAAAGUUUACAUACCGGCAUGAACGUCAACCCGCGCUUCGUCCCUACAGAGAGUAUGAUAAAUGCUUACAAGCGUACAUCGUUGACACAUUUACAUCCUGCCGAGCGAGGGGACUUGAUCCCAGGAACCUUUGAGAAUACGGCUGAGAUGGGUUUAUAUGCCACAUUCUCGAUACCAUUGAUUCAUGGAUGGUUGCCACCAAAGAAUGAGCAUGCAUAUGAAGCGCUGGAACGACAAGCAGCAUCAUAUGAGGACGCACAGAAUCUUCUUUUCCGAGAAGAAGAGCUCGAACAGAAGCUGUCUGACCCUGAAGGUGGACUCACAGAAGAUGAGCAGCAACUUUACCAAGAUAUUGUCAUCAUCAAGGAAUUUUUGGAUAAUUCUGCAACCCAACUUACGCCUUGGGGCAUUGAAGUUAUUGGUAAAGCCAUUCGGCCUGGUACAUUUGCCAUUCUUUUCCGAAAUGACCAUUUCAGUACAUUGUACUGUCAUCCGCAGUCGAUGCAGCUCGUCACGCUUGUGACGGACGCAGGAUUCAAGUCUCACGACGAAAUCGUAUGGGAGACACUAUCGGAUGUCAAUGGUGGCAACACCGAAUAUCUUUCAGGAGAUUUCCGAGUUGUGGGAUCUGGCGGCCUUGCUCCUUCGACAAGUGCGGGCAACUACUCCAACAACGAUGGCGGAGAAUGGACGACGGUACAGAAUCGAAGGGGCAAGGGGAGACACGAAGAUGAGCCGCCGAUGAGUCCCAAUGCUGAACAGGAAGAUAGAGAUUUGGCUCUUGCGUUGCAACUGCAAGAAGAGGAAGAGGAAAGACAUAGAGCAGAGGAAGCCCGAAGACGAAGAGAGAGCAUGCUUUCAGAGCAAUUUAUCGAGCAACAGGCAUUUCAACCAGGGAAUGCAACACGUGGCAACCACGGAGGUAGAGGAGGAAGAGGUGGACAACCUGCAAGAGGAGCUCCACGAGGUGGAGGCGUCACCAGAGGAGCCACUGGUCUCGUCCCAGGACGCAACAGCUCCGUCAGCGCGCCCACCACAAACACAACCAACGCACAGCCCAGAGUACCCGCCCAAAGAGUGAGAUCCCUCAUUCCGGCUCAACCACCGCGGCCACCCGUGUCACGACCAGCAGAUGCAGCAGCAGACGAUGCGCCGCCUUCCUACGAGCAGUCGGCGCACGACAGGACGUAUCAGCCGCCGGUAGGACACCCGAGCCACCCGAACAGCAGCCCUACGAUAUCGAGGCAGACUAGUACUGCUGCGAGUGUGAAUUCGUCAAUGCCAGUGGGGCAGAGACCCUUUGGGCAGUCUGCAGGCAGACGGCCUUCGGGGCCGGGGGUAGGGGUAAAUGGCGGUGGGCAGAGGGAGAGGGACUGUAUUGUGAUGUGA